CAGUUUGAAUGUCACCACAAAAUCUCAUAUAAAUAAGCACUCGAUUCAAGUAUUGAACACUUUAUGAUUUAGUUUAGUAGCUCAUUGUGUGCAAAACUAACCAUGCUGAAAAUUAGUGCCUUAUUGGUUGUAUUCCUGUGCGCCUAUGCCAUGGCCGACCCCCUCAUCAUCGACCCUAAGACCGAUUGGGGCGCCAAACUGAUCAAGGAUUGUAUGGAUGGCAUCAAUAAAGAGGAACUGGACAAGAAGAGGACAAUGACUUUCAUCGACAUCAUCGACACUCUGGGAGACACCAAGAAGUGCACCAUCUAUAUCCAUGUCCACGACCAGACCGCUGUUAAAUACUCGUGCACAGUGAAGGUAACCGAGAAAACCACGCACGUCUACGACCUGGGUGCCAUUGAAUGCCACUUGGAUCACUAAAUAUAGCUAAAACUUUGUGUUAAAUAUUAGUUUUUUGAUUACAAAUCGAGACUAAUUCGCUUUAAUUCAAAAUUUUUGCUUAAAUCUAAAUUUAAUACUGUGUUAAUAAUAGUGUAGUAACGCUGAUAACAAUGUGCUUGUUUAUAAAUGUAGUACUUUUUAACGCUUUCCACUACUUUAUUAUUUGCUUGUAUUAAAAUACUAAAUAAAAUAGUGUAAUUAAAAAAUAAAAUAAAAUAAUUGUAAAUAUAA